CGACGAACAUGUUACCAGUCUGAUGGGGUAAAGUAGAAAUGACCUGCAGUGUCUGUAAAUGCACAAAUUGCCAUAAAUAAAUAAAUAAAUAAAAACAAAGACUGAAUUAACAAUUUAUUAUUAAUUAUUUAAUGACAAUGAUAUAGUUUUAACAAAUGACACGUUAGUUAUUUAACAAAUUAUUUCGGAAAAAAACUAAAAGAAGAAAUAAUUUUCAAAUAAAAAAGGAUAUUCCUCUCAUUUUAUCAUGUAAGAUCGGAACAGAGCAGACAACUGUACUGGUUAAUGGAUUGUCUUUAAUCUAAAAGACAAGGUCAGGAAAUUGAUGCAGUGAGAUUCAGGAGAAAACUCCUUAAAGGAACGGGAUUAAAUGUCCUUUUAGCUCGGUUAGUUUUCUUCCGCGAGUAAUGACUAGCAGGCUCCCACUGGAAAACACUGUAAUAAGCAAACUCCUAUGUCAAACCGGAAUGUGUACAAUGUUGCUCUUCUUAGAAUUCUAUUCACUGUCCCGUUAAAGGAAAGCUAUGAUUUAGAAUUUUUAAAAAAAAAGUGAAACCUGCGAGACAAAUCACUGGGAAUAUUAGCACCAAUCACACACACACACACACGCCUUCAGUUCACCACCGCGAUGUUUGCAGCGAAACCAUCAUCAGGAUAUUAGCGUAUAUUAUUCUGUCGUUUGUGACCACGACAAACAUUUGUUCAGAAUAGCAAGAACUCAGCUUGUGGAAGAUGCAGGAUGACGCGUGCUAUCUGAAACGGAAAGUGACGCCUGGCAGCUUGGAUGUCCAUCCCACUGAGAAGGCACUUGUGGUCCACUAUGAGGUGAAAGCGUCCAUACUGGGAGAGAGUGGUGGACAGAUGGUGGGAGAACGUAAAGAGGGCCAAAAAAUCAUUCGUGUGAAAAGCCUCUCUCCAAGCACAGAUGUGGGAGCUCUGGCAAAGAAAGUGGUGGAGGAAUGUAAACUCAUUCCUCCAUCCCGUUUGCCUCAGGUAGAGCAGCUUCUCUACUACUUACAGAACAGGAAACCAUCCCCAGUAGAAAGCAAAGCCAUGAAAAAAGAAAAGAGGCCAGAUAAGCCCAAAGUUCUGACUGCUUUUGAUGGAUUAGAGUUAAAUGAGGAUGCCAGUGUCACUCGUGUGGAUGAGUAUGUGGAGCUGCUUUAUGAAGGCAUCCCAGAGAAGAUCAGAGGCUCAGCUCUCAUUCUGAAGCUUGCCCGCAAUCCUGACAACCUGGAGGAGCUGCUGCACAAUGAGGCUGCUAUUGGUGCCCUGGCCCGAGUUUUGCGAGAGGACUGGAAGCAGAGUGUGGAACUAGCUACCAUUAUCAUUUACAUUUUUUUCUGCUUUUCAAGUUUCUCUCAGUUCCACGGAGUAGUGAGUCACUAUAAAAUUGGAGUACUAUGUAUGUCUGUGGUGGAACAUGAGCUGAAGAGACAUGAUGUGUGGCGAGAAGAACUCUCCAAGAAGAGCAAAGCUUGUGAGUCUGCGCCAGAGAACGGAUCUCUCAGGAGGGAUCAGGAUAAAUCUUUGAGGAAGUACCACAGUCUGCUGGCCAAGCAGGAGCAACUGCUCAGAGUGGCUCUAUACCUUCUGUUGAAUCUUGCCGAGGACACAAGGACAGAGCUUAAGAUGAGGAAUAAGAACAUAGUGGGUCUGCUGGUGAGGGUUCUGGAACGAGAUGAUGAAGAGUUGCUGGUCCUGGUGGUGUCCUUUCUGAAAAAGCUGUCCAUCUUCCUGGAAAACAAAAACGACAUGGCUGAGCUGGACACUCUGGAGAGAUUGGCUCGUCUGGUUCCCUGUGAAAAUGAAGACCUUCUGAAUUUAGUCCUACGUCUUCUGCUAAACCUGUCCUUUGAUACUGGACUCAGAGCCAAAAUGGUGGAAGUGGGAUUGCUGCCCAAUCUUGCAGCUUUGUUAGCUGAUGAAAACAACGGCGGACCAGCUCUGAGCAUCCUCUAUCACAUCAGCAUGGAGGACCGCUUCAGACCCAUGUUCGUCUACACUGGCUGCAUACCCCAGCUCAUGCAAAUGCUGUUUUCUCAUGGUGAGGGAGAAUUUGAAGCUACCCUCAUCUCCAUAUGCGUCAACCUGGCAGCUAAUAAGAUGAGCGCCCAGCUCAUGUGUGAAGAAAACAGCUUGUCCACUCUCAUGAGGAGAGCUCUCCGAAUGAAGGACUGUCUUUUGAUGAAGAUGAUCAGAAACAUCUCUCAACAUGACGGGCCCACAAAAGCAUUGUUUAUUGCUUAUGUGGGUGACCUUGCUGCUGAAAUCCGGGCAGAGCAGGACGAGGCCUGGGUUCUAGAGUGUCUCGGUACACUGGCUAACCUCACAAUCCCUGAACUGGACUGGGAAUUGGUGCUGAAGGAAUACAACUUGGUGCCCUUUCUUAAAGAGAAACUGAGACAUGGCUCAGCAGAGGAUGAUCUAAUCCUAGAAGUGGUCAUAUUGAUCGGAACAGUGUCCAUGGACGACGCCUGUGCAGCCAUGUUGGCAAAAUCUGGAGUUAUCCCUGCUUUGAUUGAGCUUCUCAAUGCACAACAGGAAGACGACGAAUUUGUCUGUCAGAUCGUUUAUGUUUUUUACCAGAUGGUUUUUCAUCAGGCCACUCGAGACGUUAUCAUCAAAGAUACUCAAGCUCCAGCUUACCUGAUAGAUCUGAUGCAUGACAAGAAUGCUGAGAUCAGAAAAGUGUGUGACAACACUCUGGAUAUUAUUGCUGAAUAUGAUGAAGAGUGGGGGAGAAAGAUCCAGUCUGAGAAGUUCCGUUUCCACAACAACCAGUGGUUGGAGAUGGUGGAGAGUCUCCAAAUCGAUGAGUCUGAGCCAUAUCUGUACGAUGACGACAGGACGGAUCUAUUCUACAGUGCAGAUGGGAUCACUCCAGUCGAUGGGUCAAGCAACUCAGAUUUUUUCAGUGACCUUCAUGCUCAGAAUGGAGAUUAUCUGCCUGGAGACGCCCUGGAUGUGUUUGACCAGACCUGCUCCACGUCAGGGCGACCUGCGACUGCGUACGGCUUCAGACCUGACGAACAACCCCUGUAUCAGUAUACAUAGAGUCGCGCUCACGCACACUUCCAGACACAGCAUGUCCAAAUUACAGCUUUCACACCUCUACUAAAACCACCUCUUUUUAACAGGUCUAUUGAAGAUUUCAGUUGCUAUUCCUCUAAACUUCAGGAAUAGUUAAGUAUAGUUGCAUUUAUUUUGUCAGUACUCUUGCCAAAUGUUAGUAUUUAAGUUGUAUAGAAGUUUUAUAAGUCACUUUUUUUAUUUGUAACCCUUGAAAUGACACCACUGGCCUGUAUAACUAUUGCUAUGUGUUGUUAAACAUUCCAACUGUACUCAUUUUGGAACGUCAUGUUGAUCAGAAGUAACAGUUGGGUGCGUUCGAAAUCAGCCUGGCGCAGGAGCAGGUCUGAUCGGCAUCUCAAUGCAUUGGGGAAGGCAGAGUGUUUAGCGUGGCUCUGAAGUUGGUCAACAGAAAAAGAUCAUUAGGUCCCUUCCACAUGAACAUGGUCAGACACAGUUGAUGAAAUUCAAGUGCUCUGUGAUUUUCAGAAGACCCAGAGUUCAGCAGUGUUUCAGUGAUCAUCACUGUCCUAGACUUUCCUUUAGUAAGCUAUUAUUGUGUUCAUCAGCAUCGAUCCACAGCUUGGAAAUGUAUCAGACAAGUUACAUCAGUAGUAAUAAACUUAAGAAUCUUUUGCUUCACCUCAUGAGACUCUUUCUCCCUUCUGUGAGUGUUUUGUUGUCACUUCCGCCUGAGACACAGUGUGCUACUACAUCCAGAGUGUCCACCCCCAUGGUGAUCAUCAUCAUCGCCUGGUAUCUCAAGCUAUCGCCGAUCAUGUAGGCGACGCUCGA